UCAGGCAGGCGAAUUGACUGAAAUGUCAGUCUUGCCGCAGGAUGUUGUCCCCAGAUGUGGAAACUGAUACGACUGCGGAGGACACGGCGCCCAGCAGCUCGAACGGCGGUGAAGACACACCGGCCAGUCUCGACACGUUGGAGGAGCAAAGGCCAGUGAAGCAGUCCUUGAGUGCAUCUAUGUGCCGCGAGACGCACUGGCGCUGUCUCCUCUUGUCUCUGCUUAUGUAUAGCUGCCUGGGCGCUGUGGCCUGGUGCCAGCUCACUCGUGUUACUAAGCUGAGCUUUGACUCCUCCAGCACCUCCUUGAUCUCCAUCAACCCUCUGCGAGACAGAGGAGGCCGCUCCAUGAUCUAUCAUGACAGCCCCUGCUCCGACGGCCAUGUCUACAUCCCCCUCGCCUUCCUGAUCAUGCUCUAUGCGGUCUACCUAAUGGAGUGUUGGCACUGCCGCGCCCGCAGCGAGCUCCAGUACAAGGCCAAUGUGGACAGCGUCUACGAAAGAGUGCUGCGCAUGCGGCAGGCUCGGCCGUGUGUUUGGUGGAAAGCCAUCAGCUACCAUUUUGUACGAAGGACACGGCAGGUCACACGCUACCGGAACGGAGACGCCUACACCACAACGCAGGUCUACCAUGAGCGUGUCAACACACAUGUGGCGGAGGGUGAAUUUGACUACAGCCGUUGCGGAAUGAAGGAUGUCUCACGGGACUUGCGUGGCUUGGAGAGUCACCCGGCUACAAGGUUGCGCUUCACCAAGUGCUUUAGCUUUGCAGGAGCAGGUCCUGAGAAUGCAUACCUCAACCAACGGGCCAGAUUCUUCUCAGAGAUUGAGGGCCUGGAUGACUACAUGGAGGCACGGGAGGGCAUGCAGCUGAAGAAUGUUGAUUUCAAAGAGCAUCUCAUAGCCUACGUGGAUCCUGACAGGUUACCCUGGUACGCAUCACAGGUCGCCUUCUGGCUGGCUGCUCUCCUCAUGCUGUCAUGGCCCCUUCGGGUUUUUAUAGAGUAUCGCACGGCCUAUGUGCACUACCAGGUGGAGAAGCUGUUUGGGCUGGAGUACACUAACAGCAGCCCAUCUCCAGAGGAUGUCGCCCCUACAGGGAAUAGUCGGUGUGGAAUCCCUAGAGGAGACACGGUGGACAGCACAGAGCUGGAAUGGCACAUUCGUUCGAACCGCCAACUAAUCCCAAGCUACUCUGAAGCCAUGCUGAUGAACUUGGGAAACUCUGGGGCAGGCCAGGGUGACAGCAGGGCUUCCAACUGCCUCUUGCUGGUUGACUGCCCAAACCAGAACUACGGCACCUUGGUUCGAGACUGCGAGCACUGCUGCCAGCAUGAAGGAGGUAGACGAGCCACCAUCACCUCCAGCUGCUCCUCAAUCUUUUCCCGCCACACUUCUCACUCACAAGUGUCCCUGAACACCUCCCGUUUCUCGCUGUGCCGAAUGUAUGGUUCCAGACACACAGUUGGGCUGUGGAGGAGCCGCAGCAGUACACUGACUGAGCACUGCUGUCCGGACGAACAAUCCUGCAGGUCAUACUCCAGCCAGCUGGCCCUCAACGACAGCCCACCUAACUACCAGGACGCCCGUUUCUUCCCUGUUCUCAUUGUGCACAGGUCUGAGGGCUGUGGGGACUCUUCGGAAGUCAGGAGAUACUAUGUCCGGAGGGGCUCCUGCUGUCUGGAAACUUCACUUUAG